AAGCUUUUCUCAGCCGCCCUGGGGUGUUACCUUACAAAGAUGAGUCAUUGAUGUCAUUCGUAUUUAUAUAUUUAUCAUUUACCACAGCUAUGAAACACACAGAAGAACAUCACAUUGCUGACCACAACUGAACCAAACAAUCUUCUAUUGUUGGCUGAGCACUGCUGCACACUGCCAUGCUAGUUGACCUUACCUCACAGCAUAAGGAUAAACACCGCUCUUUCAAAAGUUAUUCUCUUGGGUGGAAUACUCCCAGAGCAUAAUGGAGCAACAGGGACUUCCUAUAAUUUAUCACCUAUCUAAAGGUAGAUGCGGAAGCAAUCACAGAUUUCAAACAUUUAAUGAACAAACAGACAAAAAACAAAGACACAGUAACAUGAGGCAAAAUACUGUGGCAAAACUAAACAUCGAGGCGUGGACAAAAGCAUGGAUCGACAAUUACGUGAGACAAAGAAGCAGUGCAAAUAGUGACUAUAUAUAUACAUAUGAGUGCUCGUUAAACAAAAACGUGAUACAGGUGCAGGUGAUCAUGUGACAGUAAUAUGGUGCAGUGGCUGCUGGGAAAUGAAAUCCAGAGUUACCUCCUUGAUAUAUGACAGAGGUGUGUGCAUUUUAUAUUAGCGAAAAUUGGAUGCAAUGUUAUGUUGCUUUAAAUACCAUAAAGGAACACAAGAAUAAUGAAAUGUUGUUUGUUGUAGACAUUGAUUUGCAUUAUGCCCGUAUUUCACUUCCAAUGCAGCAAUACUGGGUUAUAAACCACAACAGAAAUAGAUCUAGCAAAACCAGGAACUGUUUUAGUUUUCCCUUGAUGAAAGAACUUAACUGUCAAAACAUAUACUUUGCCUAAUAAAAAAUUACAUUUUGAACAUUGACUUCAUUUCUUAUAAAUAUGAUGUUCUUUAUUAGGGUAUACAAUUAUACAGUAUUUUGUUUGAAAGUUUUCUUGGAAUAGGCUCCGGAUCCACUGUGACCCUGAUCAGGAUAAAGCACUUACUAGAUAUGAAUGAUGAAUGAUACACAGUGCUGAGGGAGUGAAAUGAAUUGUAGAACCCCAGUCCACAUCUCAGUCACAUCUGACAAUUGAUCACACCCUCCACUGUCACGUGAAUGCUGCAUUGAAAUAUAAAAAGCCCACUUCCUUUCUGUGAACUUAAAUAUCAGCAGGGCACAUGCAACAGUUCCUUUCUAUCAUUUUCAGACCUUAGUGAGUUCAGUUUAACUCUGAGACACUGAUAAGUGCAUUAUUUAAUUUAACUUUUUAGCUGUUGGCUAUAUAUUUUCUCACCACUUGGGGUUACUACUAUGAACACAGGUUAAGACUCUAAUGAAAAGUAGUAGUGAGGUAAGGAAAUGGACACUUAUGAAAAUUGUGACUUCUCCAAAAGGAAUAACAGUGAAAACCGUAAUUCUCCAACAGACGAAGAAACAGAGGAUGAUUACGAGAAUACGCAGCAAUGGCGUCCAAAGCCCAAACAAUGCACCGCUUCAUCAGUCAGAUUUGACUACAAGAUCAUUAUACUUGUUCUUGGUCUUCUCCUAAUGCUUGGUGCUUUAACGUCACUCUGUGCUAUAGGGAUCUUGUAUCACAGAAAAGUUGUUUCCAGUGAGAAACUAAGUGAGAAGUAUAAGAAUGCCACAGCCACACUGAUGGUGCUAGAAGACAAAGCCAAUGAGACAGAACAACUGUAUGAAAUGCUGAAGAUGAAGUAUCAGGAAGUUCAUGAACGUCUCUUUGCAUGUAAUGGAUGGAAGUCACUUGGUUUAAAGUGUUACUACUUCUCCACUGAGAAACUGAACUGGAUACGGAGUCGAGAUAACUGUGUGGGGAAAGGAGGUCACCUGGUGAUUAUAACCAGCCAAACUGAACAGAAUUUUGUAUCUUCACAAAUUGGAGAAACACACUGGAUUGGCCUGAAUGACUUGGAGACUGAGGGAAAGUGGAUGUGGGUGAACAACCAGCCCUUAAAGGAGACGGAUGUAAAGUUCUGGUUUAGCACUCCAGAGGGACCAAAUGAACCUGAUAACUGGCAAAAUGAGGACCCUUCUGGAGAGGACUGUGCUGCGCUGGGGCAUGAGAUUGGUGACAUAAAUAAAUGGUUUGAUGCUUCUUGCCGUAAGCAGAAACGAUUCAUCUGUGAAAAGUAAAAAAAAAUUAAAAUAUUUUCACUUUUUUUUUUUUUUUUUGCAUUUUUAUGUGAUUAUCUAAGAUUGUUCAAACCUCUAGACCAUUAGAAGAUGGUAUGAGAUCAUGUAUGUGGCUUUUCUCCUGCUGCCUUGUAGAAAUUUUAACAUUUGACAAGUUUGACGAUCAUGAAUCUUAGUUUAGUAGUUCCUCUUCAGUUCUGAGUAGUGUGAAAGUUAGAGGUAAUUAUAUCUCAGUCACCUUGAAUUACUGCUACUGGACAUUUUAAAAUGACUUUGAAUCCUGAAAAUCUUCAUUAGUUCUUCAUUUCUUUUACUGUAAUUUUGUAUUAAAUAAAUAUACAGCCGGUGACAAAUUAAAGGAAAACAUGAUUCACAAGAAGAGCUUCAGUGAACCUCGCCAUAAAUUCUAUAAGUCUUCUAAACUGUACUGAACGGAUGAACACCGGUCUUCCAAAUGAUAUUCCUCCAGUUUAGCAUAACAGAGCAACAGGUUCUCCUUUCAUUUGUCAUUCAUCUGUAAGGACUAAUGCUGUGUAUAUUUACUGAUGAUUGAGUAGUGUGCAUUUUAUGUUAGGUAAAACUGGAUGUAAUGUGAAGUUGCUUUGAAUAACCAUUAAAGAAAAUGUUAGAAUUAAUAAAAAAAAAUUACAUGGCUUAAAAAUAUAAUGUGUGUUAUUUAUUAUAAAUGAUGGUUUGCAUUAUGGCAGUGUUUUACUUCCAGUACAGCAAUAGUGGGUUAUCUUUGGUUUACUGUCACUUGAUGGAGAUUGCCAAUCACAGAUGAUCCAGCAAGAAACUGUUACAGUUUACUGUUUAAAUUACCUGUUAAAUAAUAAGAGUCUUCAGCUUAUCUUUAGAGAAAUCAGACACAUCUGGAAAUUGAAACCUCUUACUUGUGCUUCCCCUUUCUCUAGUAUCAUGUCACACAGACUGCAGAUUACAGUUUUUUACGAUUGCUUACACACUCAAAUUAAAAAUAAGAAGCAAAACCUCAGCCCAGAUCUGCACAACUAUAAGCACACAGCCUCACACUUUUUGCAAAACACUAAACACACUUCUCUACAUUAGACACAGAAAUCUAACACAAUGUCACUUCUUUGCCAUUUCAAGGCACUGCUUUCCAAUAUACCGCACCUACUAACCAACUGAUCAAACACAGCCAACAGGUGUACAGACACUUGGGCGAUUAAUUGUCAACUCAGCAAUCAGGCAUAAACACUAUAUAAAGACAGCAGGUAAAGGGAACUCCACGCUGUGAUAGCGUAACACUAUGGGAGUGCCCUCGAACGCAACUGGCAUCUGAAGCUUGUGUAAAAUCAUGCCUAUUUAAAGGCCUUCAGUGAUCAGGUGACGUGGCAUUUAAGUGCAUCGUGUGAUAUAUAUAUGGCACCUGUGAACCAUGCCGUCAGCCUUAUUUUCUUCAGCGAGAAUGCACGUCAGUUGUUUGUGUAAAGAAACAAAAAGAUGCUUAAUUUCCUCUCUAUCUUUUCUCAAAAUCUCUGGACUUUAAAAAAAAGAGAAGGAAAAAAAGGAAUGAGUGAGAGAGAAAAAUAUGAGUAAGAGAAUUCAGGAAGUGUGUUACGCCUUGCUCAUCACGGGGAAUAGUGCACACUUUCUGUGUGAAGUGUCUUGGGUUGGAGCAUGCGACGUUAGCCCUCGAGAGGUCUGACUGUGCAUUGUAAUGCCUACAUUAGGCAGCUCUGCUCAUGACUCGCUCUCUUCUCGGAAGGCGAAGCAAGUUGGGUUU